AUGGCUCUGGAGAGGUUUCCCCUUAGCUCAUUCGACCACAACUCGAAGGAACUCUGCGGCCCCCAGUUGGACCCCUGCCCUGUUUUGCCGCUGCCGAAUCCGACUCCGUGGCGGAAAAGGGAAAUUGGAGUUAAGCUAUGGGUGAGUGCGGUGAUCGCACUAGGAGGUGCAACAAUGCCGCUCAGUAUCAUCAUGCUCUGCCUGCUCUGUCGCCGAAAACAGGGGAAGGGGAACCACACUCCGCAAAGCGGAAGCUACAUAGACUGGUCAGUGAAGAUGAAGGGUUACUCAGGGAGCGCGACGACGAACCCAGCAGAGAGAACAGUGGAAUUGGACUUCUUCGUGAAAGACAUUCCUUCUUUGGGCCUGGAAGAGUUGCUGAGGGCCUCUGCGGAAAUCCUGGGGAAUGGUAAAAAUAGUAUCACAUACAAGGCGAUCUUAGAAUCGGGAGCCGUUGUGGCCGUUAAGCGUCUAAAAAACUUGGACGUCUCAUCUCAGAAAGAAUUCUUCCAGCAGAUGCAGCUCCUCGGAAACCUAAAGCACCACAACCUGGCACAGAUCGUCUCCUUCUACUACUCCCCAGAUCAAAAGCUCAUCAUCUACGAGUACGUCCAUGGCUACAACCUCUUCGAAUUGCUACAUGAUAACAGAGGAACAGGAAGGAUUGCAUUGGAUUGGACAGCGAGGGUAUCGAUAAUCAAAGACGUAGCACAUGGUUUGGCAUUUCUCCAUGCUGCCUUGCCUUCCCACAGGGCGCCUCACGGCAACCUGAAAUCAUCCAAUGUCCUUGUCCGCCGGGAAGGUCUAAACUACUGCUGCAAGCUCACCGACUACGGCCUGCUCCCGCUUCUUCAGUCCCAGAAAUUUCACGAAAGGCUGGCCGUCGGGAGGUCGCCGGAGUAUUGUCAGGGAAAGCGAUUGACGCACAAGGCUGACGUGUACUGCUUGGGAAUUGAUGACCUAUCCGGGUGGGUUAGGUCGACGGUGAACAGUGAUUGGUCGACGGAGAUAUUGGAUAUAGAGAUUAUGCAGUCGAGAGAAGGGCACAGCGAGAUGUUUCGGUUUAUUGACUUGGCGCUGGAGUGUACUAGUGGUCUGGCUGAGAAGAGGCCAAAGAUGAGCGAAGUGUUGAGAAGGAUUGAGGAGAUUGGGUAG